UCCUCCCACAGUGACAACAGCGCCCAAACACGUCUUUCAGCUUCUCACGAACCAGUCUUAGGCUCAGGCUCUAAAGAAAACCUCCAUCACAGUCUUCAGACGAUUCCCUGUACUUCGGUUUCUUUUUCCACUGGACCUCUUGAUUCUGCCGCUGAUGUCUAUACAGAGGCAUCUGCACAAUCAAACAUCACCUCUCCUUUAUCCCACCAAUUAUCUGAUGACGCCUUUCAGCCAUUUGAGUCAUCAGAUAGUCAUGUCUCUUUUCACUCUUCAACUCGCCAGGAUGGUUGUGCUUUAUCCUCAUCCUCCUUGACAGGUAUUCCUGCUGAAAAAGAUCAUCUUCAUUUAGUCUCAUGCUCUAAUUACAAUCGAGUAUCUCAGAAUUCUCAGGAUCUUUCUCAGAAAAGUUGCAACAGCUUUACAACUGAGCAAUCUAGUUAUCUGUCAUCCCAAAAAACGUGCAUCGAUUCUUUUCCCAAGAGUAGAUCCAGUUUACUCGUUGGCAAAUCAACUAAGGCUUUAUGCAACUUAGAAGAAUUGCAAACCUUUCCUCCUUCACGGGCUAAUUCUGAUUUUCGCACUGACUUAGUGUUUAAUAGGAAAAAUUUUGCAACCUCGCUUAGGUUCUAUUCUCAAGCGCCGACUUCAUCUACUAUGUUCUCCUGGCGCCUCAGACGCCCUUUCACAUCUGUUCCUUCCUUAUUUCAUCUCCGUCUGUUCUCUGCCAAGUCUUUUCGUCGACGUACUCAGCAUAAUCAGCAUUGGUGGAAGCAUAGCAUACGCAAGGCAGAUGUAGGUUGUCAAGCAGAUAUGGUUACAAUGCCCAAGGAGCAUGUGCAUUCAAUCGGAACCUUCGAUUGUCGAAGUGCUCCUGAUCACAAUUUGAAUUGCCGCCUGGCGGCUAUCACAUCUUGUUCGAUUCCUAACUUUGAUCAUCAUACGUCUUGUCAAGAGUCGCCUCCCGUUGCUUUUAUCAGUAUUGUCUCCUUCCUAUUUUGUUCUUUGUAUUUAUAUCCAGCUGUAGUUUCGGAUCCUCAUGAUCAGUGCAUCUACAAGCCUGAGGAACAUUCUCAACCAAACAGUUCUCACAAUACACUUGAUAUUCUGCAAACUUCUUCUAACUCUUUAUCUCCUCAACCCAUAAAACCCUGGUGUCGGUCCGUUGCUUUGAGUGCUCGGUGCGGAGUUAUUUUGACACAAGAAAGACUGACUCGUCUUGAGCGAUAUCAGCGGUCAUUUGAAUGCAUCCUCAAAGAAUUGGUAAGUCUAGCUUUUAUGUCUUUUGCCUCACUUUCAUACUAA